UGGCGAUCUAUGGUUCUGGUCUGCUACUAUGGGCUGCAAAAAUGUAAAAAUCAGUCAUCGGGUUUUGUGCGUCAAUGUGUGUCGGGUGAGGUUAUAUGCGAUACCUUUUAUCGCGUUAAAAACGCGUAUUUACUCAUAUUAGUGCACCAAGUGUUUUUUGGAUUGAAACUAGCUGUACAAUAAAUAAAAUGAUGUAGUGUUAUUACUAUUUCAAGCGUAAUAUUUUGAGGGUACUUAUGAAUUGCACGCCUAUUUCUCACUUAACAUAAGAAAUAAAACAAGAGACCAGCAAUUGUAAGAAUGGGUAACGUGACGUAGUAAAUGAAUGCGCUUGCGCAAGAUACCCGCCCAUCGCGGGGCGCAACGAACUCCGCGAAAGCGGCAGCAGCCGCAAAAACCUCCCAUACAAGGGGCAAACACCCCACUGGGCUACAAGAUAAGGUCGCACAGCUUUAUUACUCCCACGGCCUUUUUUGCAGCACGUACCCCGCCACUGUCAUAUCGAUAGCUAUAUCCGUUGUUCUUCUGUGUUGUUAUCCUUUGCUUAACUUACCAUUGCCAGGUAACUCCUCCAUCCAAAUAUGGAACACCAUCAACGAAUCGACCAAGGUAGUAUCUCACGGUGGAGAUCCUCCGUGGUGUUACGUACAGCAGAUAGUUGUACGAAGUUCGGUAGUGCCAUGGGACCAAACUUUGCAUUUAGGUGACGCCUUCAGGGCGCCACUUUACGAGGCUUUUAAGCUUUUGGAAGUGGUGCGAAAUUACGAAGAUCCUAAAAGUCUCAAAACAUUUGAUCAUGUAUGCUUACACGUCGAGUCGUUAAAAAAGACUAAAGACGAAAGGAAUUAUGUUUUCCCGGAGUACGGUUGUCUUAUACUUUCACCUGCUAAUCUUUGGCACCAAGAUGUUCAACAGUUUAUGCAAGACAGCUCAAUUCUUUCCACGAUUUUUAACCAUCAGGAUCUUCAAAAAGGUAAAAUUUCUCACGCAGAACUUCUGUUCGGAAUGCACAUGUCAGAUACCGGAAUAAAACGGUACCCUUUGAGGAAUAGGCAAAGGGUCCUUCAGUACGCUAUAACUUUGUUUUUAAGAGAUUACAACGAAGCGUUUGUAUCGGGAUUAAAGAAUAAGUUGCAAAAAUUGUAUCCGCUAAACCAAAAUGUGGAAAAUUCUACAACAACGAAUAACGAAAUAGUUUCCAUUUAUUAUCCGGACGAGUUGAAUUAUUCCGAGUUCAUUCCUCUCGGUACGUCGUUUUGCCUUUUAUUCGUCUACUACUAUUUUUCGGUAAGGAAAAUUGAACUGAUAAAGUCAAAGUGCGGCAUGGCGUUUACCGCGGUCAUGACUGUGUUAGGAAGUUUGACAAUGACCCUAGGUCUCUGUUUCUUCUUCGGCCUCACGUUGUCGUUACGCGUUAAAGAGAUAUUCCCGUAUCUCGUGAUCCUUGUUGGCUUGGAGAACGUUUUGGUGUUAACAAAAAGUGUCACUUCGGCACCUUUACAUUUGGACAUCAAAAUUCGCGUGGCCCAAGGGCUUAGCAAGGAAGGCUGGUCCAUCACGAAGACGCUUCUCAUAGAAAUUACUAUCCUCACCAUAGGUCUGUUCACGUUUGUCCCCGCCAUUCAAGAACUGUGUAUUUUCGCGAUUGUCGGUUUGUUAACCGACUUUUUCCUUCAAAUGCUUUUCUUUUCCACUAUCCUCAGCGUGGACAUUAAACGUAAAGAGAACUUGGUGGAAAAGAACAACAUCAGCUUCCGAAAUGCCCUGUAUCAGGGUCACUUUUAUCCCGAAAAGACACUCAAUACGGGCAUGAACCGGUCAAAAUCGCAUCCUAAAUUGUCAUCGGCUCACACGGACGUGGUGGCCAGUCAGAGUCAUCAGUUGGACCGGCGGAUACCGAAAAGAGUGAAGCUGGUUAACAUUUGGGCUCGAACGCGUUUUUUUCAACGUGCCUUUAUGUUUUUAAUGGUGGUGUGGAUAGGACGCAUUCUGUACGACAGUGGAAUCGUGGAGAAUUACUUUUUGGACAGUCGGGUCGCCGAAAAUCGUACAAAUGAUCGUUCCAGUGAAGAACGUUCGCUUAAGUUUCGGCCGCAGUUAAAUCGCACGUUGAAUGUGAAUUUUUUGACCGAUACUGUUUCGGAAUCUGACAUUAUGAAACAGAAAAAUCACACGGAGGAAUUAAGAAAGUUACGGCAUCCAGAGUUUUCGACAUCGCGUCGUUUGUCCGCCCAACAUUGGCCGACAAUUUUGAAGAAGUACAACAUUUCUGUAAGUGGUCGAUCAGUGGUGAUUUUACCAAGUAUAAAGUUGUCCCAUGCAAUCAGUCCUGAACAGGCAGCUCUUUUGAGGAAUUCCGAGGAAGUGUAUGGACAGAAGUUCCAAUGGCAGGCGCUGGCGGCUGCAUUGGACCCUAUCGACUUUACUGAUUCUGAAAGUGACUCGUCCUCGGAUCAUCUUUUAUCCCUCUCGGAAAGGCCGUUUUAUCCGAAUUCACCUAUGGAAAUAUUUCUUACAACAAUUCUAUGUUUUAUAAGCAUUAUAGUCAUGGCUUACACCUUCGUUGUGUUAUACCGUUGCAUUUGCUCACGAAAUUAUGCCGAAUGGCGUGCAUCGUGGUUCAACAAUGGAGAUAAAACAGAAGAAAAUGAUGUACCGGUCUUACUGGAAGCCGUCCCUAUAGUAUUAAAAGGUCAUCCUCAAGAAAUCGAAUGUAUCGUUACUGACGGAUUUUCAGCAGCUAGCUCAUGUCUUGGCGGACAGAUUAAAGUCUGGGAUACCAACACGGGAGAUCUUCUCGCAAAAAUAGACAGGAACAGCUUGCACAAUAAUGGCCCAUGUAGCCGAUCUCCUGAGCUAAGUAUGGACAAUGGAGACGACUGUAACUUAUCAGACUACGAGUCAGGAUCGCCUGCAUCUCAUGAUGAUCUUUUACCAACGUUUCCCAGUUUGCAGCAUAAAAUUAAUAUCAACUUCAGCGGUUUACGCCUUCGAGCCGAUCGAACUAACACUCUCUAUGACUUUGGUAACGAUUAUCGCGAGUUGUAUGCGGAAUUUCAACGUCUACAGCGUUUGAAACGUCGAAAUAACGAUACGGCACGAUGGGUACAUGUGCAAAGACAGUACAGUCGAAGUGGUGAUUUCGAAAUAGAUAACAAUGGUGGUAUGACUUCUUAUGAUUGUUUAGAAAAAGAUGAAGCCCUCAAGAAAUCCCCGCGAAAUUAUAAGUGCGAAUUUUUUAAUGACAGUAGGGCAACAAACGGUGGUAUCAACUCGAACGACUGUGUUAACAAACCUUCGCCGAUUUGGUGUAUGGAUUAUGUGGAUAACUUAAUCGCCAUCGGGUGUGCAGAUGGGACGUUGGAAUUUUGGGAGGGGACUACCGGGAAAUUUAAGUGCUUAUAUAAUGACAAUUCAGGAGUAGCCAUAACAUCAAUAAAAAUAAUAGGUUCCAGGGCUGUGGUCGUUCGAUUACUUGGUACUGUCGACUUUUUACAGUUACAGACUUUUAACCAUGGUAGACCUGUAGACUGGAAUUUUACGUCAGCAUAUCGAAGAACGCACACGAGGACUGCUUCGGCUGGUUCUCUUUCAGAAAUAAAAAACGCAACACUUCAGGAUGAAAGUUUAGAAGAAAUGGUAUGUCUGAAGGUAAUGUCAUUGAAAGCUCAUCAGCAGCCGAUAACUUGUCUCGAUUCGGAAGGAGGACGAGUAGUUACCGGCAGUCAGGAUCACACCCUAAAAGUGUUCAGAUUAGAUAACGGAAGUGCUCUCUACACUCUUCAUGGUCAUUAUGGACCUAUAACCAGUUUGUUUAUUGAUCGAGUUUGUCCUGCCACUUCGGGUAGUGGGUCCCAAGAUGGAACCCUUUGUGUGUGGGACUUAUUAACAGGAGCUUGCAUGUAUAGUAAUAAAGCUCACGACGGUGCCAUUACUUCGCUUACGUACUCAGCUAGUUACGUAAUAUCGCUCGGAAUGGAUGAGCGUCUUUGCAUUUGGGAACGAUUUCAAGGGCAUUUAUUAAACACCAUCAACGUUUCGAACAGUUUUCCUACGAAAGUUAUGAUGUUGACACCACAUUUAGUACUCACAACGCGACAAGGUGGUCUCGUGGUGUGGGACGUGCGUACGGGCGAGUGCGUAAGAACGAUCGUUUUGGGACGCUCAGCUCUUGUGUUUGUCAAUCAAAUGAUCAUGCUGCGGGAUUCGGUUCUGUGCGAUUUCGGCAACGAACUCAGGAUUGUACGGUUUCCUCUUAUCACGCACAAGUGCGAUUAAUUAAAAAUUACUAAAAUUAAAGAUGUUUGGGAUCGACCAUGUUAUAUUAUGUCGUACAUCAACAGGGAGAACGUAAAAUACAGAGGAUCAGUUGCUAAUAUUGUGAUGUCAUAAAGGUAAAACUUUCAAAUUUGUUAUUGUUUUUAUCGACUUUUUUCGCACAGCUACAAUAUUCAAGCCCUAAAAGUAAAAGAGUGAUAUGAUUUGAUGAAAUCUGAAAUUUAGUUAUUUAAGGUAAUCAGAUAAAAAAGCGGUACAAAAAGUUAGACUGUAUAUGCUCCUGGAAUAAGUUUUAAAAACUUGUAAAUGUAUACCGAUAUGAUGUCAUUAUAAAAGAGCUAGAGAGGA